AUGUCGUCCUCACUCACAAGCCCCGGCCUGACGCAGGCCUUGUACGCCGGAAAUGCCUUCAUGAUGCGCAAGAUCUCAAAGCGCAAGGGCUCAGCCGAGGCGUCGAUCCGAUUGACACCCGAGGGUGACGCCUGGCACCACGACAUCAUGGGCUACCUUGGGGCCAUGAACGCUUCCCUGGCCGUGCUGGCCCUUCUCCGGAUUUACGCUCUGGCUCGACCAUCGCGGGUCCUGGGUGGCAGGGACGGCGACGUGGCCCAGGACGUGACGGCGCUGAUUGUGCUAGGCCUCGCGAACUUCUCACAGGCGUUUCUGAAUUUCACGCUGUCUCGCCGGAGCAACCGGUGGAUCAUGGGCAAAGGGCUUGACCGCAUCACCGUUCUGGAUGCCCUGUUUACGGUGCUGGACUGGGCAGCUGCGAUUGGAAGGAUCGUGGCAUAA